UAGAUAGAUAGAUAGAUAGAUAGAUAGAUAGAUAGAUAGAUAGAUAGAUUUUUUUCAUUGACAGUCCACAGUGCACGUUCUAAAGCAGAGAAACUGUGGAGCCUUCCAAACUGGUUUGGACCUUCCUGGAUUGCGUGUUGGUUAGAGCGCGCUCACGCUGCGACGCACGGUCUGCUGCCCAGUUCUAAACGCUCCGUCCUCCGAGCGUCAGUCCCAGCAUCAGCAGCAGCAGUAUCGAUCUCCUCCAUCCUCUCCCUCUAACCUCCACAAUUACGACCUCCCGUCACUCCUGCUGACCGUUUUUUCCCCUUUGUGUGUGUGUGUGUGUGUGUGUGUGUGUGUGUGUGUGUGUGUGUGUGUGUGUGUGUGUGUGUGUGUGUGUGUGUGUGAGAGAGAGAGAGAGAGAGAGAGAGAGAGAGAGAGAGAGAGAGAGAGAGAGAGAGAGAGAGAGAGAGACGCUCUUGUUUUGUGGAGGAAACCCAGUGCUGCUGCAUCGGCAUCACUGCGGACUGAUAGAGGGGGACAGCGCUAUUCAGUCAAUUGUGCGUCUCCUGACUGAGAUAGAGGCUGCAAUAAAUGGCGAAAACACUCACAUCAUCCAGCGCAGUAUCAGGUGAAAAGAUGCCACCGCCAUCUAUUACUCUACUUCCUGACAAGAGGUCUCCAACAAAUGGACACUGCUCUCCUGUUCGGACAGGAAAAACUCCUCCAUCUAACACAGAGAAGAAGCCACAGAUAAAUGGACAUGCAUCUCCUUCACAUCUAGCAGCAAAUGCCGGUAACAACCAUGGAGGUCAGGAGGGUUACAUGAAGACUGAUGACAGGAUGCGAUUGGCCAAAGAGAGACGUGAAGAGAGGGAGAGAAGUCUGGCGGCUAGAGAGCAGCUGAUCCGGGAGAAGGAGCGCAGGGCUCGGCUGCAGUAUGAGCGAACCGUGGAGGAGCGCUGGAGGCGACUGGAGGAGCAGAGGCAGAAAGAAGAGCUCCGCAGGGCUGCAGUGGAGGAGAAGAGGAGACAACAGCUCGAGGAGGAGAGGGAGCGACUCGAGGCCCUGAUGAAACGUUCUCUGGAGCGAAGCCUUCAGCUGGAACAGAGAGCCAAACGUUGGAGCAGGGGCUGUCCUCCAGGAGCAGGUGACUGUGAGAAUGCCCCACCCCCUUUCUCUGCUGCCUCUGCCUUUGCCUCCCCCCUUCCUGCUGCCAUCGAAUCUGCUCCCUGCAGCCCCCACAGGUUGCCUUUCUGCAACUCGCUCAAUCCUGCUAGUCCCAAUAGAGUUGGAUUUCAGGGAGGCUCUCAGUCCACUCCCAGCACCCCCAAGAAAGAGCGAGUGCGCAGAGAAAGAAGAACGGCUUCCCCUGGUUGUGGGUCUCCUCUGAGAAGAUCUGAUUCUCCUGCAAGCGUCACUAAGUACUUAGCGUCUCCUACUACCUCCGGGUUAGUGUCUAAGGUGCGGGCCCAGUCUCCCAGCAGUCCAUGCCAGUACCACCAGUCUCCAACAAGACAUCGUCCAAAUCUGGCGAGUGGCGAGAAGAAGGACAAGAUUGAAAAAGCGUGUGAUGAAUCCAAAGUGGAGCCAGUGGCAAAAAGCAGAACUGAGUCCAACGGCUUGAAUUCACCUUCACAGUUUGGGAAGAUUGCAGCCAACGCCAGCAGGGAAAUGUCUCCAUCUGAGAGAAGGGACCAAGUGUUCUCUGAGGUGGAUCCUUCACAGAAGAAAUUACAGAGUGGAGACAAAGGUAGAGAAUCCCCAACGAUCACGUCCUCAGGGAAAGUGGGGGUUGGUACGACGAAUGCAGAGGAGGCUACGAGGCUGCUGGCAGAGCGCAGGCGUCAGGCUCGAGCUCAGAAAGAACUGGAGGACAAAAAACGGGAGAAACAGGAAAAAGAAAGAUUAAAAGACGAGGAACUAAAGAAGCAGCUGGCUCAGGAGCAGCAGCGGCAGGAGGCGACGGCUCAACUCGUGGAAGAGAGAGGGAACAACCUGAAGGACUCCCACAGGCUGAAAGAAGAGGAAGACACAAGAAAAGAAACGCAACAUCAAAAAGAUCUACAGAUCCACAUGGACACAGAGAAAGAAAAGGCCAAAGUCCAGCAGGCCCAUGAAGAUGCAGAACGUCAUCGACAGGACAGAGAACUGCAGACACAACAGGAAGAGGAGGAGAGGCAACUCAGGAAAAAGAGAAUUGAGGAGAUCAUGAAGAGAACAAGGAAGAGUGAAGCUGAUAUGAAGAAGGAGGAGCAGGUAGAGACGAACUCUGUCUCUCCAACAGAGGAUCUAACUCCUAAAACUCAGGUGACUGAGCAGGUAGGCAAAAGGGUGGAGGUUCAGCUGAGAGAGCAGGUCCCAGCUCAAGUCCAAACUAAGGAAUGUGCUUCUCUGAAGAAAGAAACAGCAGCACAGGUGGACAGCAAGGAGGUUCAAAACGACAACCAGCCUGUCAGACACAGCGUUCCAGAAAACAAACCUGAUAAGAAGCAAACGAGUAGAGAGGAUCAGAGCAGCCAUAAAGAGGCUAUUAGGCAAAAAGGAGCUGAAGUGGAACAAAAUCUGAACAAGCAUCUCAGAACAAACGUUAAAGUCACAGCCCAGAUGAACGCAGAGUUGGUCAAGUCCACGGGAGACUCCAACAGGAACCACAGAGAGGGUGGUGGGGUGAACGGAGCAGUGAAAGAUAAAGGAGGCAGAAGCCUGGAUUUGCAGACAUCCUCUGUGAGGCAGCCUAAAGCAGGGUCCCAGGAUGUGAGACCACCUGUGACCACGCUGCCAGUUGGACAUUUAUCACCACCAGUCAUCAAGCUGGGGCCUCUGGAUGUGAAGCGUACAGGGUCUGGUGAUGAGGUGCAGUCAAUGGAAGUCAGUCCAGCUUCAAAGGAAGAGCUGAUCUCAAUCCCAGAGUUCUCACCCAUCAAUGAAAUUCAGCAGGAUGUCAUGAGAAACAACCGGGCUCUUGAGGAUCUAAUAGACCUGACAGGAAGCGUCACGUACCAGAAACGACCCUCUGAGAUUACCGUGACCGGCGACUGCAACAAGAACCUGAUCGAGGGAGUCGUCAGUCCCAUGUCAGACUCAAAGCUCGUUGGGAUUUCAGCCCCAUCCUCCAACAACCUUAGCGUCAAGUAGUUUCUCUUCCUCUCCUGUUGUCUUCUCUUUCUUCUGUCUUUCGAUUGCACAUGUGCACACACACACACACACACACACACACACACACACACACACACACACACACACACACACACACACACACACACACACACACACGUGUAUGACUAUGUGCCUGUGUGAAAACAGCUAAGGGAACAGAGCCAUAAUAACUAUCUUAGAGAUGCAAACCAUGACUUGCAACAUGUGAAAAUGAACAUAAAAGAUGAGAUUAAAUCAGUUUAAAACACUAAUCACUUAUAUAGUAAAACCACGAAUAUGUUUGAUAUGAAGAAUGAGAGACAAGCACAUGAUUUCAGAGUGAUUAUGCACAGAUCGGCUGUCUGUAAAUAAAUUAUAAGAAAAAGGACAAAAUAAACACAUAGAGUUUAGAAUUAAAAAAACAGUCUAACUUGCAUCAUCUAGAAACUGUAUUUUUGUUUGUUCUGCUCCGUUACCAAAGUAUUAGAAGCUGCUCAGAACAUCAGUUACUGCACCUGCACCUCUACUGUCCCUCUUCCUGAAACGUUCACCUCAAACUUUACACGCUUCGAGGAAGUGGUGUCAUUGAGACGUAGAGAUUUGUGCAUGGUUCCUUUGGCAGGAGCAUCAGAGCUAUACUUCUGUGAAAAACACCUAAACAUCUGAUAAUGCUCGAUCGUGCAGAGAUCUGCUAAAAGCAUAUGAGCGAGAAAACCUACGCCAUCAUGCUGUGAACUGGAACUUUAAAAUAAAUAACAAUUUUUUUGUUGAUUUGACUGCAGCUGCACGGAAAUCCCCAGAUUAGCAUAUUUUAUUUCAUAUUCCACAAAUAAAAUGAGUUCCUCUGGUGUCAGCCAAACUGUUUCAUGUCAGCUUCAUGUAGCACUUUAACCGUGUCAAACACAAAGAGGAUUUGUGAGGAAAAUUCAGGAAUGUUUGCUUUAAACACACAUGAAUGUAUGACAUGUUAGUUGUGUGUAGUUUUUUUCUCUUCAUCCUAGUCUGGUUCAGUGCAGGAAACAUAUACAAACAAGUAAUCAUUUUCAGUGUUUGUCAGACGGCGCUCAUUUAUCUUAAAGUCACAGUGUGCAUUUUUCCUGGCGAUAGGGGGCAGUAGAUACCUAAAUCGUUGCAAGCAAGCAGUAUUUUUGUGUUGGAAUAAGACCUUACCAACGGAUGCCCAUUAGGGUCAAAAAGGGGAGUACAAACUUUAGCUAAAUAACAAGCACAUAUACCUCCUUCUUAUCACUGACAACAAGUGAAGAGGUAAAUGAGUAAAACAACAACAUUUAAGAAUGACGAAAGUUUUGUAACGAUUUGUUACAAAUUAGUAAAUGUAUUUUGUCCUCACAGGCUCCCGUAGAGGAAAACAUGGUAUCUAACAUGGCGUCACCCAGAGACUUAGACGCACUCCCACGUAGUUUAGACCAGAUUUUUAUGGUUAUAUGUUACAAAGCUGCCAACAUUUUUCAGCAACUGGGCAUCAUUUAAUUCAUUUUCAACAACAUUUUGAUGGAUAUUUCCAGAAAUGAAUGGUAAAAACUACACAUUGUCUCUUUAAUGCAUUUUUAUUUAUUUAUUGCCGUAAAUGUGACAUUUUGCCUAAUGCCUGCUAUUGCUGCAGCUUUCCAGCUCCUUUGACACAAGCACCAGUUAUAAGAUUUCAUUAAGAUCAAAAUCAUUUAGAAAACACACCACCUUAAUGUCAGAUGCUUGUAUUCAUCUGAAGCAAAGUAGCCAAAUGGGAUUUGCAUUGUACGUAGCAUCAAAAAAGUUCUGAACUGAUGUGUUUUAUUUUUUAAUUUUUGCAAAGAGAAUUUAUUUGUUGUCUUAGGAAACAAAUUGAAGCAUUUUCUGAAUGUAUUACAGUCUUUUUCAAAGAGUUCAUUCAAAACAGCAACACAAUUAACUGAACUCUUCAUGUCAUACAAAUGUAGACAUUGUGCAUGGUUAGCAUGGUCAUAACAAUGUUAUGCAAAGAAAAAAUAAAGAGAAAAUCUGCAGAAUCCGUGCAUUUUGUCAUGGUCUGCGUCUGCCCCUUCCUUCAUGUGCCUCCUGGUGUUUCUCUAUCCUCUCUAGGUGCUCCUUUUGUGUCUUCUAGCGCCCUCAUGUGUCAUGUCUGCAUCUUUCUCAUGUGUCUCCUGGUGUUCCCCAUUUGCCCUUUAGGUUUCCCCCCUCAGACAUCCCUUUCCCAAGUCCUGUGCUCUCUUGGCCCCCUCUUAGCCACACCCCUGUUGUUUCUUUCUAUAGUGUUUUCCUUUAGUGCCAGCUUCCCCUUAGAAUAUUAGUUAUGGUUCAUGCUUUCUGGUCUUUUGUUUUUUCUCUUAGGUCAUUUUCCUUUGUUACAGCCUUUCAGUAUUUAGUGUGUUUUUUCCCACCAGUGUUUUCUUCCUCCUCCCUGAGUUAGUAAUUGCAUUCACCUGGUCCCUCUCCCCACACACACCUGCAAUUAUCUCCGUCUCAUCUUCCCAGUCUGUUUAAGCCCUGUCUUGUCUCUGUGUUGCUGUUGGUCCAUUGUAUGUUUGUCAGCGUAGUUUUGUGUUCUAUGUGAGCUUAUGUCUCCAGGUUUUGGUGCUCUCAGUGAGCUUUUGUUCUUGUUACCAGGGUUUUUGGAUUUUGGGAUUUUUGGCUCGCUGCCUUUGGAUUGAUUUUUGUUCGUCCUGCAAAAUAAAGCAUAUUUACUUUACAUCAUCUCCAGCCUCUUGUCGUCUGGGUAAUCUGCACUUUGGGUCCUAACCUUUCCUUCCCCUCAACGUGACAUAUUUUUUAUUUAUUUUUUUGUCACAAAUGUUAAAAGAAUUCUAAUAAAGUAGGUUCCUUAUUAUUUGUGAUUAUUUUUUUAGCAGACGCUUUUAUCCAAAGCGACUUACAAUUUCUAACCUGUAGGGCAUGUUGUGAUCUGUGGGGGAAACCGGAGAACCCGGAGGAAACCCACGCAUGCAUGGGGAGAACACGCAACUCCACGCAGAAAGGCUGCAGCCGAGUUUCGAACCUGCAACCUUUGUGCUGCGAGGCAUUAUUAUUUACUUUAGUUAUUCCCUCUGAUUAGUUGUUUUU